CAAGCACUGCGACGGCUUCAUUUCUCUCGAGACCUUGUCCUUGUCCUCGAGGGUGUCGUUCCUGGUGUCCAUCUCCCAUCUCCCAUCCCACGGCACUCAGCCCUACCCGUUCUCCAUCUUCGUCGAUGAUCCCAACUUAAAGUCCAUCCAUCAUGGCGACCGAUUCCAGCACCCAGACCGACACGCUGCUGUCCGAGAUGGACGAAGACGACGACUUUGUCAUCAUCACCCACCAAGAAGUCAACGCGGCGCGACGUCCCCGAUUCCUGAACGACAUCAGCGAUUACAUCGACAGCAUCGCCGAGGAGCUAUGGCCCAUCAACAAGAAGAUCCACGACAAACCUGAGCUUGGCUAUGGAGAGGUCAUUGCCCAUUAUACCUUGACGGCCUACAUGAAGACGCAGCCAGGAUGGACAGUGACGCGGUCGGCAUACGGCAUGAAGACGGCCUGGGUUGCGGUCUACGACACGGGCAAACGGGGGCCUUGUGUUUCCUUUAACGUUGAGAUGGACGCCCUCCCCGCCAUCGGUCACGCCUGCGGCCACAACCUCAUCGCUACCGCCUCCCUCGCCGGCGCCCUUGCCACCGUCCACCUCCUCUCCCUCUACUCUCUCCCGGGUCGCGUCGUCCUCUUUGGCACCCCCGCUGAAGAAGGCGGCGGCGGUAAGAUCCGGCUCCUAGCCGCGGGCGCCUACAAAGACCACGGCGUCGACAUCAGUCUCAUCUCCCACCCCGGCACCAUCCCCGACUGCGCCCUCACGCACACGACCGCCUACAUUCGGAUGAAGGUCGAAUACUUUGGUCGGGAAGCACACGCCGCAGCAGAGCCGUGGCUGGGAGUCAAUGCGCUGGACGCAUUGAUCACGGCGUAUAAUGGGAUUAGCGUGUUGAGGCAGCAGACUAUGCCGUCUGAUAUCAUCCAGGGACACAUCACUGAUGGCGGGGCGGGGCCGAAUAUCAUCCAUGCGUAUGCGGCAGGCAUUUUUGUGGUGAGGGCCGCGACGCAGAGACGAUUGGAGGCGUUGGUUGAGAAAGUGAUGGGGUGCUUCGAUGCGGGCGCGCUGGCGACUGGUGCAAAGGUCAAGGUGACCAGACUGAUGGCCUACAAGGAUCAUGUGCCGAAUCGGUUGUUGGCGAGGAGCUAUGCGCGGUACUUUAAUCCGCUGGUGCCCGAGGAAGGGGAUGGAGGAAGGGAUGGGGAUGGGAAUGAGGCGGGCGGACCGAGCAAGAUUCCAGAGGACCAGGAUGUCGAUGAGAUGAGAGGCCGGAGUGGUGCCAGUUCGGACCAGGGCGAUAUUGCUCAUGCGAUGCCGAGCAUUAUGCCCGGGUUCGAGAUACCGCCGGGGCCGGGAGGGGCAGGACCCCAUAAUCCCGGGUUUGCGGAAAGUGCGGGAACGAGGUUGGCGUUUGAGAGGAGUUUGAGGGUUGCAAAGGCGUUGGCGGGCACGGCGAUCGAUGUGUUGAACAUUGAUGGGCUGUUGGAGGAGGUCAAGAAGGAAUGGAGGCGAUCCAUGACCGGGAGCAGGUGAGAAACAGCAGGCAGGACGGAACGGUUGACGACGUUAUGACAUUACGACAGCGGUACAGAUUGGAUGUAGGUUUGGAUAUAAGGUAACAAGCUCCGAAACCCACCCUUCCGUCUCCUCCUUCACCGUCUGCUUCUUGAAACAAGCCAACGCCUGCUCCGGUGUCUGCGUCUUGAGCUGCGAGCAUCGAUCGCCACUGCACCGCGCAUCCAGCGCCCUCUGGAGCGCGUCUCCCUUCCACCCAAACACGUAGUCGCCGUGCUGGCCGUACCCGGUCCCGUCUCCCAUCGAGUACACAAACGGUUGUCCCAUGUCGGGCCAAAUAGCCUUGUCAUUGAACUGCCGAGUGUCCCACAUGACUUCGUACAUGAGCUGUGGCAAGCGGACCGGGUGGCUGGCGGGGCAGGGGCCUGUGGAUUCAAAGGUGCCAGAGGAGGGAUACGCGACGUGCGACUUGUGGUCCGGAGAGUCGACGUUUUUGCCAUCCCAGCAGCUAGUCGCCUGUUAGUUUUCGAGGGGAGAGGCGUCGAGGUGAAUGGCGGGGGAACUCACGUAGGAAAGGUGAUGGUAGUCCGAAUCCCACCCGGACACAUCUUGUUGGGGAAUGUGACGGUGUCGUCGCCCGUGCAGGGCGCACCGCCAAACGGACUCUGCUGGAUGUUAUGCUCACAUCGAUGGCAGAUUUGCCUUUGCAUACCCCGAUUAGACCGGAGCAUGGCGUCGCCUACCAGCAUGCGGAAGCCCUGUUUGACAUCGAUCAGUACCUUGUCUUCUUCACACACACCACACACACACCUUGCUUUGAUGAUGCCAGGGUACGUAGGUAGGUAAACUCACAGGCUUAAAAGCAGUAACUUUCGUCUUCCCAUCAUACGGCGGGAUAUAAUACACGGUGAUCCCCCCUUGUCCCGUCAAUCCCAGAUUCACCAUCUGCGGCACCCUUUUAUAGCUGCCGUUCUUGGCAUGGAAGUACAAGUUGGCCGUCCAGUAGUUGGAAAAGUCCUCGGCGAAGGAACACGUGGUGCAGGUGGACUGAGUUGAGGGAUCGUACUCGACAGGCGUCAUGGUGGCGUUGAAGGAGUUGCCGCCGACGAUUUGGUGCAUGUGGGUCGAGGGGAGCAUGCCGGGGUUGACGAGCGGGUCGAGACGCUCGAUGGAGAGUUGGGAGCAUUGGAAGCGCAUCAUGGCUGCUGUGGCGUAUUGGGCUAGGGUGUCUUGCACGAAGACUGAGGCCACAGGGGCCAGGAAUUGGAGGAGCUUCAUGGUGAUGGUAUGGUUUGGCUUUGUGAGAUGAACGCGUUUGUCUUGGAGCAAAGAGGUAUCGAAGGUACCGGGCUGGUGGUUUACGGUCGAAGAGGCAAGAGGAACUCGUCUGAGGAUGAGGCUUUGCGGAUUACCCCUUAUACUCUAGGCGUAUCACUCUUUUCCUCCCGUCCGGGCUCAGAGCAUGGAUCAUGAUAUGCCGAGAUCAACAAACAUACCAAAAGGCGCGGCACGAAAGUCUGUCUCAUCGACAACUACAACCAACCGUGAAUUUUGCUUCGUGCCCAGGUAUCAUGGCCAUUGGUUAACCCCCUCUGCCGAACUCCAGCAAGAGAUGCAAUAUACCCGCCUUGGUGAACUGCCGCAUAUUGGUCUACUUUGGUGGUUAAAUCCGGGGUAAAGUCUAAUUGGCGAGGAAGGGCGAUCUGUGUUGAGUGAGAGGUCGAGGUGCAAUAUACUCUAAUGAAGACCUACACAUUGA